AUGCCUCGUCCUAAAGGUCAAAAGAAAGCUGCUAAAAAGCGCAUUCGAACGGAAAUUGGGAAUUUCGUCAAUACUGUGCAGCAAAUUGCAGCUAGUAACCCUCAAAAUGAGGGUGAGGAGCAAGUGCCCGUAAAAAAUGCUUUUGACUUGCUGAAGUGGAAGAAGAACGGCGAUUCCCACUUACGCGGAACAUACAAUAAGCUCGUUCCUUCACGUACCCAGAAAUGGAGAGUCGAAACAACCGAAGCGAAAAAGAAGGAAGAUGCAGUGAACUCACACACGCCUAUCAAUUCGCUCUUUCCGGUUGUCGAACAGCAGCAAGCCAGCAACGACGCUCCAACCCGCAUCGACAGAGCACGAGGAGACGACGAUGACGACGACGACCGUUAUAGCAUCGAUUAUCAUGAUGGAGAUACCUUGCUUUGUUUGAUUGAGGCACUUGAUGAGGCGACCUUGGGUCUUGAGUCAGCAACAAAGGAGUACGAAAAGGACUACAUCAAGCGUCAUUAUGCCGUGAAAAUGUCAGGCAUCCAAAGAAGCAGCAAACUUUUUCUUCCUUGA